AUGGGGAAAGAUCUGAGCGACGAUCAGGUUUCAUCGAUGAAGGAGGCCUUCACCCUGUUCGACACCGACGGCGACGGCAAGAUAGCGCCGUCCGAGCUCGGGAUCCUGAUGCGCUCCCUCGGCGGAAACCCUACGCAGGCCCAGCUGAAGUCCAUAAUCGCGGAGGAGAAGCUCAGCGCGCCCUUCGAUUUCCAGCGGUUCCUCGAUCUGAUGUCCAAGCACCUCAAGCCGGAGCCGUUCGAUCGCCAGCUGCGCGACGCGUUCAAGGUGCUAGACAAAGACGGCACCGGAUACGUCGUCGUUUCGGACCUCAGGCACAUCCUCACCAGCAUCGGGGAGAAGCUGGAGCCGGCGGAGUUCGACGAGUGGAUCCGCGAGGUGGACGUUGGGUCUGAUGGCAAGAUCCGGUACGAGGAUUUCAUUGCGCGCAUGGUCGCCAACAACCGAACUUCACAAGCGCAGAGCUGCGCCGCCGUCUCCUCCGCCGUCAUGGGUCGUAUGCACAGCCGCGGUAAGGGCAUUUCAGCUUCAGCUCUCCCCUACAAGAGAACUCCUCCCAGCUGGCUCAAGACCUCCUCUCAAGAUGUUGAAGAGAAUAUCUGCAAGUUUGCGAAGAAAGGGUUGACGCCAUCACAGAUCGGUGUGAUUCUCCGUGAUUCACACGGUAUUGCUCAGGUGAAGAGCGUCACCGGAAGCAAGAUCCUCCGCAUUCUGAAGGCGCACGGUCUGGCGCCCGAGAUUCCAGAAGAUCUGUAUCACUUGAUAAAGAAAGCAGUUGCCAUCAGGAAGCACUUGGAGAGGAACAGGAAGGACAAGGACUCCAAGUUCAGAUUGAUUUUGGUGGAGAGCAGGAUUCACCGUCUCGCCCGUUACUACAAGAAGACGAAGAAGCUCCCGCCCGUCUGGAAAUAUGAGUCAACUACUGCUAGCACGCUUGUGGCUUAA